AUGAGCAGCUCCAGAGCUGGAGAGAAGUACCAGCCAGCCUGCAAGAUGCUGCCCCUCUGCUUGCUGCUGCCGCUGCUGCUGCUGCCCUCUGGGGCCACCACUGCGCUCUCCCCAGAGGGCGGCCUCGCCGGCCACGAGAGCGGGCACACGCAGGAAGCGGCAGAAAUAAAGACAAACAGCCUGUUUACUUUGCUUGUGUGGUGGUACGAGUGGGCCUCCCAGGCCAGGGCAGUGCCCUUCGUGGGAGGGGAAGCCAGGGAGGAGUCCAAACGGCAGGAAGGCGCACCACUUCGUCAGUCCACGCACCAAGAUAAAACGCCCUGCAAGAAUUUCUUCUGGAAGACCUUCUCCUCCUGCAAGUAA